CCCCGCUUCUCCGUGCUCCACUCCCUCCUCCCCCGCGCCGGCUGCGCCUUCUCCGGCGCGCGGGGCCCUAGUCCGGAGCUAAACAAAAGCCGGAGGCGGCCGGAGUUGGGGGCGCGGCGCGCGGCCUCCCUCCCCGCCGCAGCCCUGCCCGCGGGGGCGGGGGCAAAGUUUGCCCCGCCGCACCCCAGCCCUGCGCCCCGCGCGUCCGCGCGCCGGAGCCGGGACCCGGGAGCUCUCGGGGCGGGGGGGGGGAAGGAGAGAGAAUCCUUAAAAAAAAAAAAAAAGGAAAAAAAAAUCCAGCAAGCCAGACCGGCGCCCCGCACCCCUCCCCGCGCGGCGAGCCGCAGAAGAAGCUGGUUUUAUUUUUCUGGCUUUUCUUCUUCUUCUUCUUCUUCUUCUUCUUCUUCUUCUUCUUCUUCUUCUUCUUAUUCUUAUUCUUCUUCUUCUUCUUCUUCUUCUCUUUUUUUGCCAAGAAGGGGGGAAUCCACAGCCGGCCCCGCCGCCCCUGCGCCCCCUCCCCGCCCCCUCCCCGACCUCCCCCCGCCUCCAAAGAGGCCACGGGAUUUUUUUUUUCACCUCUUUUGGUCUUUUUUUUUUUUCUCCCCUUCUCGCCCUCUCCCCCCCCCUCGGCCUGUUUAUCCUGCGAGGGUCGGAGGCAGCCGGGAAGGCGCCGCCGGCGGGUCUGCAGCCCCGCGUCCAGCCCCUGCGCCGCCAGCAGCCCCGGGGCCCGCCGGGCGUUCCUGGAGAUGGACGAGCAGCCCAGGCUGAUGCAUGCCCACGCCGGGGUGGGCAUGGCCGGACACCCGGGCCUGAGCCAGCACUUGCCGGACGGGGCCGGGGGCGCGGAGGGGGAGGGCGGGAGGAAGCAGGACAUCGGGGACAUCCUCCAGCAGAUCAUGACCAUCACGGACCAGAGUUUGGACGAGGCGCAGGCCAGAAAACACGCUUUGAACUGCCACCGAAUGAAACCCGCCUUAUUCAACGUGCUGUGUGAAAUCAAAGAGAAAACAGUGCUGAGCAUCCGGGGUGCCCAGGAAGAGGAGCCCACAGACCCGCAGCUCAUGCGCCUCGACAACAUGCUGCUGGCCGAGGGGGUGGCAGGCCCCGAGAAGGGCGGGGGCUCGGCAGCGGCGGCCGCGGCAGCAGCAGCGUCCGGCGGAGCCGGCUCGGACAACUCGGUGGAGCACUCGGAUUACCGAGCCAAGCUGUCGCAGAUCCGGCAGAUCUACCACACGGAGCUGGAGAAGUAUGAGCAGGCCUGCAACGAGUUCACCACCCACGUGAUGAACCUGCUCCGCGAGCAGAGCCGGACCCGGCCCAUCUCCCCGAAGGAGAUCGAGCGGAUGGUGAGCAUCAUCCACCGCAAGUUCAGCUCCAUCCAGAUGCAGCUCAAGCAGAGCACGUGCGAGGCCGUCAUGAUCCUGCGCUCCCGGUUCCUGGACGCGCGGCGGAAGAGGCGGAACUUCAACAAGCAGGCGACCGAGAUCCUGAACGAGUAUUUCUACUCUCACCUCAGCAACCCCUACCCCAGUGAGGAGGCCAAAGAGGAGCUAGCCAAGAAGUGCGGCAUCACCGUGUCCCAGGUAUCAAACUGGUUCGGGAAUAAGCGAAUCCGGUACAAAAAGAACAUCGGCAAGUUCCAGGAGGAGGCGAACAUCUACGCCGCCAAGACGGCCGUCACGGCCACCAACGUGUCCGCGCACGGCAGCCAGGCCAACUCGCCCUCCACGCCCAACUCGGCCGGUUCUUCCAGCUCUUUUAACAUGUCCAACUCUGGAGACUUGUUCAUGAGCGUGCAGUCCCUCAAUGGGGACUCGUACCAGGGUGCCCAGGUUGGAACCAACGUACAAUCGCAGGUGGAUACUCUUCGCCAUGUUAUCAGCCAGACAGGAGGCUACAGUGACGGACUCGCCGCCAGCCAGAUGUACAGCCCACAGGGCCUCAGUGCUAACGGAGGCUGGCAGGAUGCCACCACCCCUUCAUCCGUCACUUCCCCCACAGAAGGCCCUGGCAGUGUCCACUCCGAUACCUCUAACUGAUCCGCCAGCACCACCUUCCCGGCUGACCGAGUGUGCCCCCCCGCGGGAUCGGGCCGGGCCGGGGGUGGCAGCCGUCAGCAGACACGCUCAGAGCCUUUCUCUCCCUGGGGGUGCUCUCUCAGCCAAUCUGGACACUUCUUUAUACUCUCCCCCCACCCCACUCUUUUUUUUCUGGGUAGAAGCCGCCCUUCCCCGCCUCCCCGUCAGCCCUGGCGUCCGGCGUGGGCCCUCCCCCCCUUCCCCCUACACACACAUAACCCCCCCUUUGCCCCUGCCCUAGGCUCCUUGGCUCCCCCCACCCCACCCCUACGAUAGCCCCAGAGGUUUUCAACAAUUAGAGGAAUUUAAAGAGGAAAAGAAAAGGAAAAACACUGCGAAGAAAAUAAUAAAGGUGUUUGUACAUUUCCAUGCUGGUGGUCUGGGGAACCGAGUGGCCCCCUCUGAGCCGACCCCUCCCCCCACAGGCACCCUCCCCUCCCCCAUUUCUCUUUGACUCUCACUACCUCUGAGCAUAUAUAUGCCACACCCCUCCCUCACCCCCCUCCCACCUGCUCACCCCCAUGGGCCUCUGGUUCCCCCUCUCUCCCCCCCACCACCCAGCACCCAGGUUUUGCUCCUUGGGGCCAAGUGAAGUCCCAGGAAGGAAGGAAGUUAGAAGGAGGGAGAGGGACGGGUCUUCCUCCUCCAGGGAGCCCCCCACUUCCCUCUCAGCUGACCUUGUUCAGAACCUGCAGAGCGGAAGGAAGCUCGUGGGGCCGGGGAGGAGGCCCUGUGUCCCCUGGACACACCGGACUGCUUGCACACACGGCCUCACGUGCUCAUCCCCAGGGUCCCUCCCGCCACCGCCGUGGGGCCAGCCCUGGUCACUUUAUGCCACGUGAGUGGAGAGAGGGAACAGGCAGCCGUGACACGUGUGUGGGACAUGUCGCGGCGGGGGGUUCCUGGCGGGCGUGUGGGGGGCACAGCCCAGAGGGCAGAGCUGGGUGGGCCGCGGGCUCAGGCUUUUCCGUUCCCUGGGAAGAGCCGGAGAGACGCGAGGGCUGCACUGCCUCUUGCCUGAAUGGGGGGUCCGAGCUGGAGAGGGGGGUUGCCACCUGGCUCCCCAGGCCCAGGGUCGCGCUACAUGGGGCUGGGGGCCUCCGAGGGGAGCCGGGACAGGAAGGCCUUGGUGAUGCCGAUCGCGCCUUGCUGGGCCGGUUCUGCCUUCAGCUUGGGUCCCAAAGCAGGUCCCGGUUCUCCUGCACCCCGUGGGCGUCCUCGGUCCCCCCCACCCCCACCCCUGCCGUGGACCCGACCAGGGAAGGAUUCUCUCUGCAAGGGGCGUGCGCAGUGCUCCGGGACUCAGCCUGGCGUGUGCAGCAGGGCGGGCGGGUGCCGCAGAGAAGACAGCAGGGACGCUUAGAAGGACGAAGCCCACCCAGCGUUGCAGGGGUCAGAAGCAGGGGGCCCGGGGCUGGAUCCGCCGGGCAGGGCGGGGCUAGAUGGUGAACGACGGGGUGGCAGCAGGCAGACCCGGCCCCCCGUCCCGUCGGGGCGCAGAGCCAGCGCCACGCCACGAGGGACAGGCUGCCCCCCUCUCGGGCGGGGGCUGGCAUCAGGCUCUCCCCGUCUCCCGCGCUCACCACUGUGCUUCCCUCCAUGCCCCCAGCCCCGCUGCACCGCCCCCGCCCCCGCCCCCAGCCAGGCACGCACAAACCGGGAGAAGGCGGCCACAGAAAGGGGGUCGGGAAGAACAAGCCCAGCAAGACCCCCGGGUCAUUCCUGUCACCGUCUGGGGUGGUCCGUCCUCCAGAGACCAAAGGGGGGUCUUCCCCUGAGCCAGCAGGACGCGGGGGUGGGUUUGCCCACCUUGAACCUCUCCACCACCUCCCGCCGCUCCCCCCCACCCUCGGACCCACCCUGCAGACCCCACUCCGGUGCAGACCCCGCUGCACGCUCCUUGAUUUUUCCCUUCACUGGUCGCUGGGGUUGUAUUUGCUGGUCGUCUUUUUCUCACGCGUUUCCCCCCCCCCCGCUCCACAAACCCCCCCCUUCUAAGUUGUAUUUUUCUGCCCAGAAAAAAAACCUGACUUCGAUACCAAAAAGAGAUGAAACUACAGAAACUCAAAUUUAAAAAAAAAAUACAAAAAAAAACUUAAAAAAAAAGAAACGAACAAACAAACAAAAAGACUCAAGAUCCUUCCAGCUUUAUUAACAUUCUCCAUUGUUUCUUGCGACUUGUGUCUCGUCCUUUGUAGCAUUGAUGACGAACAUUUGAUAAUGAAUGUUCUUGUAUAUUCAGAUAAAGGGAAAACCAAAAAGGCGGUCUGGAUUUAACAGUGUUUAUAAUAAAAAAAAAAAAUUAAAAACGACCCUCAGAGCACGGAAAACAGGAUGGGGGUGCAUCUGCGACAGUGUGCAUUUUCCUGUGUUCGUUUAUUAUUUUUUUUAUUUCAAACACCAAACUACCUACAUUCAUCAUUCCCCGCCCCGCCCCCCGUUUUUUCUUUGAUUUUCUUGCAUUUGUGAAUUAGUUCAAGAAUGCUAGAAAAAGUGUCGAAUCGUGCACUCCCAUUUCCUGUUCCACGACGUUUAAAAGUGACAGUAAUUCGUUUUGUAAACUAAAAAAAGAAAAAGAAAGGUUGGAGUAGCAAAAGCGUAACAGACUCAUCACCCAUGAUUAUGUUGGACUCAGAGACCCAGAAAUAAGUUCUUUUUCUUUCUCCCUGCUCUUUCAAAUAUGAAAAAAAGAAAAAAGAAA